CACACACACACACACACACACACACACACACACUGUUUCUCACUCAGGUCAUUUCCGGUAGAAUGUUUUAUUAAUACAGCUGUAGUUUUUCGGGAUUAGUCUCUGAUGAUCUGAUCCGAGUUGUUGGUUUUAAUUGGCGUUUUAAUGAAGUGGAAUCUAAGGUGUAAUCUGAGUUACAGUUGUUGAGAUGUACGGACGCUGUGUCAGGUGACGAAGAUGGAGGACAGGAGAGGGCGAGUUACUCAUCGAGCUUCACUUAAGGAAGUAAACAUGAGAGAUCGAGACGCCACCGAGACUGGAGGAGAUGUUCAUAAGAGCAGGAAUGGAAGUGUGGAGCUGGAAAGGAAUAUGAAAGAGAAGCUGCUGCUGAGGAAGAAAGCCGAGCAGCUGAAAGUGGACUUGAUUCGGCACUUUGACUCUCAGCUGAAUGAGUUUGUCGACUCUCUGAUGGACGAAUCUCACGGUUUGGGUUCUUCAUCACUGUCCGGUUCCUCUCAGCCUCUUACAGACAGAGAGAGAACCAAACUCAGGUCUUCUCAAGGUCAGAGUAAACAGUUUGUGGUCCGUCGCUCUUUAUUAGACGAGCUGUUUGAGGUGAAUCACAUCCGUACGAUUUAUCACAUGUUCAUCGCCCUCCUCAUCCUCUUCAUCCUCAGUACGUUAGUUGUAGACUUCAUCGAUGAGGGACGGUUGGUGUUGGAUUUUGACCUGCUGGUGUUUGCGUUUGGUCAGUUUCCCCUCGUUGUCGUGUCGUGGCUCUGCAUGUUUGUUUCGGCGCUCCUUGUUCCGUUUGCGCUUCUUCGUUGGUGGGCUGGUGUUUAUUCUUCAUCACACCAUCGAACCUUCUGCACGCUUAUCGCCGUGACGCUCCUGCUGCUGUACCAAAGCCUCGGCCUCGGCUUCCUGCCCGCUUACAUCGUGCUGAAAAACAACCUUCCUCCCGCCUCCUGCUUCAUCCUCAUCCUCGAGCAGGUGCGUCUGAUGAUGAAGGUUCAUUCCUUUAUCAGGGAGAAUGUGCCAAGGGUGUGGUCUUCAGGUAAAGACAGCUCAGCUUCAGUGGCCGUGCCUCAACUGAGCUCGUACCUUUACUUCCUGUUUGCGCCCACUCUGAUCUACAGAGACAGAUAUCCGAGAAACCCGUGUGUGCGCUGGAGUUACGUGGCCACCAAGUUAUUACAGGUGUUGGGCUGUUUGUUCUACGCCUAUUACGUGUUCGUGCGUCUCUGCAUCCCUCAGUUUCGCAGCGUGAGCAUGCAGCUGUUCGACCUCAGAGUGAUGGUGCUCUGUAUCUUCAACUCCAUCCUGCCAGGAGCGCUGAUUCUCUUCUUGGCCUUCUUUGCCUUUCUGCAUUGCUGGCUCAAUGCGUUUGCUGAAAUGCUGCGCUUCGGAGACCGAAUGUUUUAUCAGGACUGGUGGAAUUCAACGUCAUUUGCUAACUAUUACCGCACGUGGAACGUUGUAGUGCACGACUGGCUGUAUUGCUACGUCUAUCGGGACUUCCUGUGGAUGACGCAGAAACGUUUCCGAGCGACCGCCAUGUUUGUUGUUUUCACCGUCUCCGCUGUGGUUCAUGAAUACGUUCUGGCCGUGUGUUUCGGAUUCUUCUACCCCGUCCUCUUCUGCCUCUUCAUGUGCUUCGGAAUGAUGUUCAACUUCAUCCUGCAUGACCGGAGGACAGGGCCGGUGUGGAACAUCAUCGUCUGGACGGCUCUGUUUCUGGGUUUAGCGGUUCUGCUGUGUCUUUACUCUCAGGAGUGGUACGCUCAGAAAUACUGCCCCCUACAGGAGCCUUCUUUCCUCGACUUGCUGAAGCCGCGAUCAUGGACCUGCUACAUGCAGAGCAGCCGUGCUGCUGAAGAUGUCUGAUCUGUUUUUAACUCACUGCAUUUUUGCACUAUAGUCACAGGCACAUUGAAUGACAAUCAUAAUAUAAGAAUUUUAACUUUUUUAACAAAAAGGCAUUGAGUAGGAAUUAAAUAUUAUAAUAAUCUUAUAAACAUACGUGUAUAUAUAUUUAAAGACACUCAGGAUCAGUGUCAAUUUUAGAUCCGUUUCAGUGUUGAAUUGAUUCUUACUGCAUUGCGUUUAUUCUCAUAUUUUGGAUGAAAGAUGGCGCCAUUUCCUAAAGUGUGUUAAUAGUCCAGUUAAUGUAUUCAGCCUAAAAUAUUUGUCUCGAAAGCAUGCUCUCAUUCAGCUUUACAAUCAACAAAGCCCUUGACUGGAAUGUUCUUGAAGACUACACUCUUAAAAAGGGUUCCUGAAGAGUUCUUUGAGUCGUUAAAAGUUCUGCUAUUUGUUGUAUGUAAAAUCAUUAAGAACAGCGUUUUUACUAAGAGUAUACGACCAAAAAUUUUUUAGCAAGAAUGCAAAAAUGCCGAAGGAGUUAAGGAUGAAAUCCUCGUGACGUUAAUCUGGACAUUACAAAUGCAGGAAAAAACCAGACGUGCACAAUAAAGGAGAAAUGAAGGUCAUGAACGUGGAGGAAACACAAUGUGGCAGAUCCGUGAUCAUCAGUAAACGUCCAGGACCUGCAGAUCAGGCAUCAGGUUAUAAUUAAAGGCCUGUAGAAGGUUUCGCACUUUAAUUAAAAUCCCGUUAGGACUGGGCCUUGGCUCAGGGUUCUCUAAGCAGUAACGAGUUCCCUUUAAUUGUGAAUAUUGUUAGUGUUUAAUGUUACAGUGAAGGUUUUUAAUUAUAGGUGCAUAACGACUAGAGGAACUCUUUUGUUGAAUGAUUCUAAAUUGAUGCACAGGUCUCCGUAAUCUCAUUUUUUAAAAAGAAAUAAUGCAAUUAUUUAAAAAAAAAUAUAUAUAUAUAUAAUAAAUAGAAACGUCUAGCUCAAAUGUAGGACUAACACAAACCUGUGCCCUGUAUUUUGAAUGAGACUGUGGACACGUUACAGAUUUUACGGACUAAAAGGACAAUAAGACCUGGACAAGAGGCAAAGCACGUUGUUGAAAACAUAAGAUUUCACGCUGGAGCCGAGGCACAGCGUUUAUACUUAACGAGUAAAAAAGUGUAAAAAGAUUCCAUAUAAGCCAUCACGCAUAGAAUCAAGAUGCACCAAGAACUGAUUUCUCAUCGUGAAAAUUGCAUUUAAUCAUCAGGAGAGAAAAAAAAAGAUUCUCAUCCCCGGUAAUGUUACGGUAAAUUCACUGUGUGAAACUCGUCUAACUGAACAAAAUGGUUUUCAGUAAAAUUCCUUAACAGCUUCACAUUUUCAAAAAUCACAACAUGGAAUGGCGUCGAAUCCCGAAAUGCUGUAAUCACACUUCAGUGCGAUGUAGAAACCAGCGCUGCCAAAUCUCCUCACGCAGAAGGUAGCUGAUUUAAAAAAAAAAAAAAGUCGCUAGAAUGUCACCGGAUGACGUCAGAGAAACAUUUGCAUAUUUAUUAUAUAAAUUAUCAUGAUCAUUUGCAUAUAGAAACGUGUUGCAUGAAGAAGGAAGAAUUUCUGAAGAUGAAUAGAAUAGAGUUUUAUCAGAAUAGAAAAUAAUAUAUUAUCAUUUAUUUACUGUAGAAGUCGUCUUUGGUCACAGCACCACGAUCUAACCAGUCACUUUUAUUACUAACGUCAUCAAGAAGAGAGUUUAAAAUGAAGAACAAAGAAGUGCGUAGUGCCGAUGCAAUACUGCUCAGUGAUUGGUUGUUGAGAACAAUACUACUCAGUGAUUGGUUGCUGAGAACAGUGGUGCUCAGUGAUUGGUUGUUGGGUGCAAUACUGCUCAGUGAUUGGUUGUUGGGAACAGUGGUGCUCAGUGAUUGGUUGUUGGGAACAGUGGUGCUCAGUGAUUGGUUGUAGGGAACAGUGGUGCUCAGUGAUUGGUUGUAGGGAACAGUGGUGCUCAGUGAUUGGUCGCUGUGUGUAUGCAUUGGCAGCGAGUCGAGUGAACCUGUUCUCUCGUAUAACCAGCAGCUGUGACGUGAGCUGGAGAGCUGUAUCACGUUCAAGACAAUCACUAACGUCUGCUUAUUUUAAAUAAAGUCGCUAAAAAAAAGUCAGCAAAUCUAGUGACAAAGUCACUUUUUACCUCAAUAAAAAGUCUUUAUCAUGAUAUAACUUCAGAACUUUAUACUGAAUAUCUUCACUCUGAAAACUAAGUGUUACUGUUUUUUUUUUUUUUUUUUUUUGUACGUGACUUUUCGACUGUAUAAUUUCUCUGCCACAGUGAUGUAUUUUAAAGUUUAAAAGCGUAGAUUUUACACUGGUUACUGGUACCAUGAUCAAUGAUACUGUUUUGUACGAAGAACUUUUACUGCCGUGUUUUACAGUAGACUCGCUGGCUGAACCUUGUAACGCUGUUUAAAAUGCUACUGUGAAAAAUAGCUAUAUUUUUAAUGCUAACUGAAAUGUGAUUUUGCAGAAAACCCAAUCGUAAUGCAAAGCAUAAAGAAAUAUAUUUUAACUGUCAGUGUUUUCUAUAAUGUUUAUACACUGUGUGCUCCGAUUCUAUCAGUCACUGAACGUAUGUUUCAGAAAUUUCAGGAAUUAAACCAGGUGAAUCAUUUUUUGGUCAACUUCGUCUGCAAUAAAACACUUGUGUAUCUACUGUUA